CUCAGUUUGUAGCUCAGUUUGAUUUGAUUUUGUUUACGUUUUGCAAAAUAAUAAAAUAUCGAAUUUAACAUGUCUAGAAAUGAGAACAAAGUGAAAAUCAUGCCGAAAGCAAUUGUCUGUGAAGACUGCAUAAUUCAAGGCGAUGUUACUAUUUCCAGUGGAUGUGUUGUACAUCCAUCAGCUCAAAUAAUUGCAGAAACAGGGCCAAUUGUCAUUGGUGAGAACUGUAUAAUUGAGGAAUAUGCGAAGAUCCAUAAUAGAAUUCAACCCGAAUCUCCUGACAAGCCACACAUCCUUACAAUCGGUCCUAAUAACAUUUUUGAAGUAGGAUCAGUCAUUGAAGCAUCCAAAAUUGGCGAGAAGAACAUCUUUGAAUGUAAAAGCUUUGUAUCAUCAGAUGUCGAAGUAUCUAAUGGAUGUGUUAUUUGUGCUGGAUGUCAUUUAAGUGGCGGUCAACAUUUAUUAGAGAAUACUGUGAUAUUUGGAAAGCACUGUCAGCAGAGAGAAGCAUUAGAUAGAAUUUCUGGAUCCCAUAUGCUGCAACUAGAUUUUCUGAGAAAAAUUCUUCCUAAUUAUCAUCAUUUGAGGAAGGCAAAGCAAUAGAAGCAGCUUAAAAACGCAUAAAGCUAUCCUUUAAAGUGAUAGGAACACAUUUAUUUAAUCAUUCUUUCUUAAUUGUACUACAUUUAACUAAAUUUAUAUUGAAUGAAAGGUUUGAACACGUCUUGCAUAACUUGCAUGCAAGUUUUUAUUUCAUAAUCUUUUAUAAACUCUCAAGAGCAUGAUCAGAAGAGUAUAUAAAAAGCAUGAUCAUUGACAUCCUUAUGAGAUUAUGCUAAAGUUUUUCUUGCUAUAUACUUCACAAGCGCUAGCAGAAAUCACUAGUAUAGGUCCUAUAUACUUCACAAGAGAAAGCAGAAAUCACUUUUAUAAGUAAUUAUUUUGGACUUU